AGCUGCCAUUGGCCUGAAGGUCUUUUGGUCCCGCCUCUUCGGCAGAGCUGAGCGGUGAUUGGUUGAUGUCCCUGUCAGUGCUGGGCUUUCUGGGGUUUGUUUGGUGCAGUUUUACUACACGAGAGGACGGUUUAAGGUUUCUCCGCCGUGACAAAGUCCGCUCCAGUCCGAGUCCAGCUCCUGCAGUCCAGCAUGGCUCCGAAGAAAAGCGCCAACAAAAGCCACAAGCCUAAAGAUGCCAGUAAAGUCCAGGCGGCCAGUAAGAACGGGAAGAGGGCGGAGUCUGGAUCCGGCGGCAGCAGCUUCUUCUCCUGGUUCAUCGUGCUGGCGCUUCUCGGCGUCUGGACCUCUGUGGCUGUGGUCUACUUUGACUUGGUGGACUAUCAGGGAGUCCUAGACAAGGCUAAAGGCUUACAGAUUAACCUGUCUGAGACCCUGCAAGGAAAGCUGGUGGCCUACGACACCGACGGCGACGGUGAUUUUGACAUCGAGGAUGCUAAAGUUCUGCUAGGGCUGAAAGGGAAGACAGAGGACCUCUCCUCAGAGACCAUCACGGCUGAUGAACCUUUGGACACGGCUGAGCAAGAACCCGAACCAGAACCAGCGAAGAGAGAAAUCAUUGAGCCAGACCCCGAGCCUGUGGAGGACACGGAGGAGGUGAUAGAAGCAGCCGUAGCAGAAGAAGUCCCCGCCUCACACACAGAGCCUGAAUCUGAAGCAUCUGAAGAACCAGAGGCUGAACCAGAACCUGAACCGGAAACUCAAACUCAGCUUGAACCAGAAGCGGAACCUGAACUAGAACCUUUGGAUUAUCCUGAGGUGAUUGAGGAGGAUCCAGAGGUUCUGGAACAGGAGCCCCCAGAAGAGCAAGAAGAUGCUGUUGAGGACUCUGUCUCUGAGGUUAAUCCUGAUGAAGAAGAGCCAGCAGCUGAUCGGGAAGGUCAGGAAAUGGAAGAAGAGCAGGCAGAAGCUGCAGAGGAGUUUGCUGAUGAAGCCAUCAGAGAAACAGCUGCUGAAGAAGUGUUGGAGGAGGAGAUGGCUUCCCCAGAUGAGGCUGCCGAGGGUGUGACGGAAGAGGUGGAGGAAGUUCCUGAAGAAGUGGAGGAAGUUCCUGAGGAGGUGGAGGAAGUUCCUGAGGAGGUGGAGGAAGUUCCCGAGGAGGUGGAGGAAGUUCCCGAGGAGGUGGAGGAAGUUCCUGAGGAGGUGGAGGAAGUUCCUGAAGAGGCAGAGGAAGUUCCUGAGGAGGUGGAGGAAGUUCCUGAGGAGGUGGAGGAAGUUCCUGAAGAGGCGGAGGAAGUUCCUGAAGAGGCAGUAGUUGAUGCUGCAGAAGAUGUACCUCUUCCAGAUGAGACCGCUGAAGAUGAGGGGGAGGACACAGCUCCAUCAGCGGAAGCCGUGACGAAUGCAGCACCCUAUGAGGAACCUUCAGAGGAGCCUGCUGGAGAAGCGGUUGAAAAUGUGCAUCUAGAAGAGGAGGAAGCUCUUCCAGCAGAAGCCAGUGAAGUGGUGGAAGAAGAAGAGUCUGCUCCAGAGGAGGCUGAGGCCAACACAGCAUCUCAACCUGCCGAAGAGUUUGCUGAAGAAGAGAUCACUUCUCCUGAAGAAGCUGCUGAUGUCACAGCUGAAGAGGAGGAGGCUGUUUCAGAAACGGCUGCUUUAGAGCAAACUUUUGAAGAAGAAACUCCCACAGAUGAGGGAGUGGAGGAAGCAGAAGAUCCAGAACCAAAAGUUUCAGAAGAAGACUCUGAGAAUCACGCAGAAGAAUCAGAGGCCAUUGAAACUGAGGCAAAGGUUGAGGACAAACCCACAGAAACGUAGAGGCAGGAGGGGGUGCUGUGCUGGGGGACCCGCGACCCGCUCAUGUGGCAUCGGCACCAAACACAAACGCUCACAAUCAUGAUGCACCUUCACAUCAAGAAAGAGAAAGGCGUCAUGGCAACACCACCUCUCCUCUGUUUUUGAAGCCUGUGUGAAAGUUUUUCUUUAAGUCAAGCUGUGAGAAAGUAGCUGUUUACUGUUGGGGUACUUUUUGUUUUGGUGUCUGUCCUGAAGUGGUACUUCCUGUUUCCAUCUCUUUACUCACAGGGCAGUUCAUAUUUCUAUGUCUCUCCUGAAGAAAUGUUUUCCUUUAUCAGGAUUUUUCUGAAGAAAUACUUCCUGUUCCCACGUUUUCUUGAAGAAGUACUUCUCUUUUUCCUUAAAGCUCUUAAAGAGGUUCUGAAGGACUACUUCCUGUCUCCACGGCUUUUCCUAAAUUAUACUUCCUGUUCCCAUGUUUUCUUUAAGAAGUACUUUCUGUUUCCAUGCUUUCCUGAAGUACUUUUUCCUGUCUCAUGAUCUUGAAGAAUUUCUUCAUGUUUUCUCAUGUCUUUCCUAAAGGAGUACUUGCUGUUUUUAUGUCUUUCCUGAACCAAUACUUUCAGUUUCCACAGUUUUUCUGAAUGUGUACUAGUGGUUUACUUGUCUUCAUGAUCAUAGUGCUUCCUUGUUCCUUGAUUUUCCUGAAGAAUUUCUUUCUGUUUCCAUCGUUCUCGGAGUACUUCCUGUUUCCAUGUCUUUUUGAAGAAGUACUUCCUGUUUCCACGAUUUUCCAUAUGUAGUACUUCCUGUUUCCAUCUUUCACGAAGGAGUACUUCCUGCCUCCAUUUUUUUUCCAUAAGAAGUACUUCCUGUUUCCAUGAGAUUUCCAUAAUAAGUACUUCCUGUUUCCAUGUCUUUUUGAAGAAGUACUUCCUGUUUCCUCUCCUUUGUGAAUUUCUUUAUCCGCAGGACUUUCAGCAUCAAAGUGACAUAUUUGGACUUUAUGGAGCGAUGUUGGGUGCAUCAAAAGGGGUUGAUGCCGGGGAGGGCAGCAGGACCCCCCCUCCCCCUCCCCCGUGGCUCCUGCAAACAAACACUUUAUUCAGAUGCUGAACUUUGUUCAAUGAUGUGAAUUCUAUGCAAUUGUGUUGACCCCCCGCCCCCCUCUAUUACCACACAGCGUACUGUUUUGCCCCCUCUGGACCUGAACUUAGGUUUGGUCAUCCUUUAAAACACUAACUUCUUCUCGUUUGUUUUUAUCAGUUCGGUGUGUUUAGUAGGUUAAUUUUAUGAAUGACAGUGAUGCUCCUCCCUCUUUGUGAAGCUGCAGAUCUUCAUCUUUGUUGAGCGGCAGCAGCAUCCCUGUGAAAUCAGGACCUGAGCAUCAUCUCUGUUCCUUUGUGACAUCAGUCUUCAACCUGUGUGUGUUUUCAGUCUCCAGUGUUGCUGUGAGGUGAUGAGGCAUGAAUCUGUCAGAAGACACAGAACUUUUAAAGUUCUGAAGGUUCUUGUGGGUUUUAUCCCUGCUGACGGCAGCAGAUACACAAAGAUCCGCUCUGACUUCUGUACUUGAAAAGAUUUGCAGAAAAAUAUAGGAAAGGAUCACUAAGGUAGAGCAGCAACAUUCUUCACAGAAGUGCACGUGUGCUUGUGUGUCUCCUCAUUCUGUAACUGUCAUGUUUGGUCAAAUGAACCGUUCCCUCUUUGGUUCCGUGUUUUCUAGAAAAUAACUAGCUGGUCUUUUCUACUUCCUGGUUAACCUACAAACCUUUUUAAACACUGAAGAUGAAGAACGUGACCAAGAGAGAGCUUCUAGAUUUUAAGAACUGUUUCAAAAUAGAAAUUUUUCUGAUACUUGCUAUAAAAAAAAUCAGAUUUAUUUUUGUUUUUGUAGAAAAGUGUUUGGGAGUAUUUCUCACUAAGCCAUAAGCUGUUGGAUGGUUUAAGGAAACGUGCUGCUUCAGACUUUUUUCAGUGAAAACACAAUGAAACAAAAGCAGCACCACUGCGUGACUGCAGAGGGCGAUGUUCCCCUGCAGACAGCUGAGCGUAGGCUGGCCCCUUAAAUUAUUUCAUGUGAUGAAUUGUUUUUGAGGCUGUAAAACAUCUGAGAGCUGCAAUAAAGAGUCUGGGAGAACGCA